GACUCCAGCGUCUGCUCUGUGCUUGCACUUUGUGUUCGUCGGUGAGGUUCCUGCUCUAGGGAGACUGCAGUCAUUCAUGUCAUAAACCGCAUGACGGUGUUCUAGAUAAACAGAGCAGACUUUGCCCGAUGCUGGGGACACGGACCUGAGGCUUUUCUGGGAGGAAGUCGGACUCACUGGAAAGCAGAUCACAGGCUGGAGGAUACUGAGAAGGCAGAGGCAUUAUGAAAGACUUCUACGUCAGUGUUACUAUCAUAGUUACAGGUCUUUGCUUUGUGGAAACAGUGACAAACCCAUCAAGAAAAAGCAGUGUUUCCCUGGAUCCUGAGUACCAGAGGGAUGGGGAUCUUCUGGCAAACUGGUCUUCUACAAGACACACAUCCCAGAAAUCAGACGCCAUGGAUAUGAGUUUCUAUUUCUUUAGAGUUCUCUUCCAGCCUCACACAAAAAAAGAACAGCACAUUAAACACCUGGACCUCAGUAACCAUCGCAUAUCAAAACUGACCCUCGCCCCUCUCUCGAAUUUGCAUGCUUUGGAGGUACUCAACCUCAGCAUGAAUGCUAUCCACUCCCUCUGGCUGGAUCUGCCCCUGCCUCCUUCCUCAGAGCAAAGGCGCCACAAAAGCUGCUCCCACAGCCAACUCCCUCGGCUAAAGGUGCUGAUACUUCAAAGGAAUGGACUCAGUGGCACUCCUAAAGGACUGUGGAGGCUGAAGUCAUUGCAGAGUGUGGAUCUGUCAUUCAACAGGAUAGUUCACAUCGGGCUGUCUGAUUUCCGUGGCUGCCGGCAGCUGGAGAGCAUCUAUUUAAAGGGCAACAGGAUCCGCACGAUUCACCCAGAAGCCUUCAAAGGGCUCAAAAACUUACAGGUGGUAGACCUCAGAAGCAAUGCACUGACCACUCUUAUGCCGAUUGUGACCAUUGCUCUAGAAUUGCCCCACCUAGAACUUGGCUUGGCUGAUAACCAGUGGCAAUGUGGUGAGAGCAACACCAGCUUCCAAAACAUCACCUCUGCAUCCUGGAGGGAAAUGUGGAAUGCUAUCUGCAAUGUAUCUAUGGAGAAUGAGAAGCCAUAUGUGGAGACUCCCCAUAUCAGAAUUUCCAGGGAUACACACCUUCCUCGCUCUCCUCCAAGUCACUUGAAAAGCCUCAUCCAGAGCAAAGCAGAGUGGCCCCGGGCAAGAAUGGACAGGCACCUUUCUACUCUGGGGAAGGAGGCAGAGGUUGGCUAUGGUGAUCUCAAAGGGAUGUGGCCACAAUCCCUGACAGAACUCAGAGACUCCCAGGAUGAACAUGUCAUUGGCAGAAAUGGUCAAAAACCCCCAGACCUUGCCUUGGCCAUCUGUCUGUCAGUGCUCAUCACGUUUGUGGUGGCUUUCUGGCUGGGGGUUUUCGCAAGGCCCUAUAUGGACCAAUUACUACUACGGCAACAAAGACACCUAAACAAAAGGCAUGCCUCAGAUAAUGCCUACUCAAACGAAGGCUUCCAUGAUGACGUUGAAGGUGCUCAACACCAAGGGACAGAUCUACACCAAACUACCCACCACCUAAAUCUUUUUGAGAACCAGAACCCUUCCUGGAUGACAGAGCCAACCCCACAUGGUGCUGUCCUAUCAGAACGUAUGCUGGGAAGCAAUGGAAUGGACCUUGAUAGUCAGCAGAGCCCAGAGCAAUUCGAGGACAGCAGUGAGUCAAGAAGUGACGAUGGCAAUGUGUUUCCAAAUGGCCAUGUAUCCCAUUCUACACUGCAUGAACUUCCAAACGCUGAUGCUCACAAGCCAAUUUCAACAGUGCAGGAUGACCAUGCUGUUCUCGAAGAAUCACAUUAUGACAUGGUGGCUCCGGAAUAUUCUCUCGUUGACGAUGUGACGGAUAGGUCUUCCAUCACUAGCCCUCUGGGAACUUUCCCCAGCUCUAUCAAUAGCGGGCAGGAUGAAUUCUACCCAUCACAGCCAAAAGAUGUUGUGAAUUCCUUCUCUAAAACUCUAGCACAUACAAACACUCAAGAGGCUGAAGAGAGUAUGGAAAAGGGGUGCCCUGAACCUUUGGGAGCCAUGGGCUCACAGGUGGAAUCUUCUGAGGAAAGGCAUGUGACCGAUUCCCUUAGGGAGCUGGCCACACAGCAGCCAAGCUUCCAGGAAGCUAAUGCUGAGGAAAGACUUUCCCAUGUCUACAGUGAGGUCCUAUACAAUGACCCAGCCUCCCUUAUGCCAAGAUGGGGCAGUGGCCAAUAUGUCAGCCCUGCUAUUGAGGAGCCUGUGGAGAGGGAUGCUCCUUUUGACUUUCAUUAUGACUUGGUGACCAACUACGAGUCUGAUUCUGACGAGGGCUCUUUGUUUACCCUUAGUUCUGAGGGUUCUGAGGACACAAGGAGCUUGGUUGAAGAACAGGCAUCUGUGGAGAAUGGUGGGGCCAGCCAUCCCCUCCCAAGCAGAAACCUGAGGGAGUACGAGGACAGUGUGAUAUCAGCAGAAAGUGUUGAGGACAUCACAUCACAAAGGAUUCUAGAGAAAUGUGAAACGCAGGAAGCUCACCUUGGAAACACUCUCAUUUCUGGUCUAGACUCUUGUGUGUAUGAGACUCAUCUGGAAAAUGACUCUAGCUCCCUUGACUCUGAGAAUAUAUCAACAUGGCCCCAGUCCCCGGGACAUAAGCUAUCACAUCAUGAGACUCUGGGCACAUUUGUAUAUGAUGACAUAGGGCCCCAGUAUGAGGCAGUAGACUGGCACUACUCCCUGAGAGACCUGGAAUUCUCAAAUGCAGAUAGUUCGCCAUCACCACCGUAUUCUGAUCAAGAUCCCUCAGAUCCUGAGGAGCACACCAAAGAAAAGUAAACAUUGGUAAACGGCACCUUUCAAGGCCAGAAGACAGAGUUCUGUUGGUAGUGUAUUUGCUCACCAUGCACAAACCCCUGGGUUCAAACCACAGCACUGUAUAAAUUGGGCACACUGGCACAUACUGUCAGCCCAACCGUUGGGAGGCAGAGGCAGGAAACAGGCAUGAGACUGAAACAGCUUUUGCGGGGUAGAUGAUGUCAUGUUCUAGCAAAUGUGGGCUCUAUUGCCCAACAGUCAGCUCAUGAGAGACGUCAGCUCUACAUAUGACAAGACCCAGUCUCCCACCCAGAUUCUAGGAUCACAUCCUUAACUGCAGCUGCCCAAAUCUGCAUGGUUAUACUGGAACCGGAAAAUCAUAAUUUUUCUUCACAAACACGUGCUCCAAAAUUCACUUUCUUAGUCAACAGUACCACAGUGUCAACCCAGUCAACCC